AUGAGCGCUGCAACCCCAGGGUUGAUCGUGAAUGGACCUAACUUUCUUUCACCUUCCAGAAGUAGAAGCAGAGAUGAGGAACUGGAAGAGUUUGUCGAGGGGGUGGACGAAGGAUGGAAUACCGACGAACCAUCUCCGGAAGUGUCUUUCAUCAUCCCAGAAGUAGUAACGGACCUCAUUUCGGAGACAGAUCUGACAGAGCGCGUACAUCCGCCUAACCCUCCUCCUUCGCUGGAGGGGGUGUUCCGAAACAACCUGUUGGAAGAACCCAAUUUCGCAAUAGAGUCGGUCUUGGGAGAAAUGAGAGCAAAUAUCUUGACGGCGGCAGAGGAGGAAGCGAGGGCCCUGGCUAGCGAAUUAAGGGACGACGAGGACGAAGACGACAACAGGGAAUGUGAACCACACAGCGUCCUGACCUGCAGGAUAUGCCAGCUGUUUGUUCGAACCGUCGACAGGCUGCUGGACAAGUCGGAGGAGCUGAUGGAUCAUUACCUACCUCUUACCGAAGAGGAGAUUGGAAAUCUGAAGAAAGCUGUCGCGGAGAUCGAAGAUACGUCCAUAGACCACCGGAUGCAAGCUUGCCUUGUGAGGAUCAACGAUCUGUCCAACAAACUCCGUCAAAGGGCCUACAUGAUGGCACUGAGCAAGCUACGCUUCACGAGACGCAGUACCCAAGCGAGCAUCAAUCAGCUCCACGAGACGUUGGAAGUGAUUGAUCAGGUGCAGCACAGAGCAGAACUGGAGAUUGGUCCGUCCAACGAACGGAUGAGCAUGAUCUGCGUGGAGUGGAGCGCGAACCCGCGUCGGAAUUCUGCCCAGGGGAAUGAAGAUUUCAGCACCCUGGACGUUGGGGUGCCCCGUGCUCAGAGCACCAUGGUCGGGAGAGAAGGACCCGGGGCGCCUCGCGAGCACAACACCACGAUCGAGCGCGAGGAAAUUGGGCUGCCUGCUGCUCAGAGCACCAUGAUCGAGUGCGAGGAAAUUGGGCUGCCUGCUGCUCAGAGCACCAUGAUCGAGUGCAAGGAAAUUGGGCUGCCUCCUGCGCACAGCACCAUCGUUGAGUGCGAGGAAAUCACCUGCUCGAAGGUCGAGAUGACGCCCACAGAGGUCGAGAUGUUGCCCAUACCAAUCAGCCCCCCAGAAAUAGUUGAGGUGCCACAACCAGCAAUAAUUAUUCCGGUGAGCAUUGAGGUGCCGCCCCCGCCAAUCCUCAUCCCGGUGAAAGUUGAGAUGGCACCCGCACCGAUAAUCAUCCCAGUGAAAGUUGAGAUGCCGCCUGCACCCACCUGUCCCCGCAAGAAGGACCCCACCUACAGAGAUGUGUCUAACAUCACAUUAACGGCGCCAGGUUGCGAUGAGGAGGACGAGAUCACCCUACGGAUGCGCGACGAGGAAGAUGAGAAUGACAGCCCUACCUCUGAGAUAGAAGCCAAGACAUUGGCAAAGUCCCGAAGCGUGACCCAGAACCUCCAAGGCACGUACGAGAACCUGGUGGCCAGCCUGAAAGACAUCCCAGAAGAGCUCCGGAACAAGCUGUCCCAAACCAGCCGGCACAUAAGGGAGCUCCACUCCGAUUUCGUCUCAGCCCACAAUUUUGGAGAUUUGGCUGACAACGUCUUGAACAAGAGCUUUGCGAUCAUGGCUGAAGCCCAGGGCUCCAUGGAUGAACUGAUGGAGUAUGCUUUGCAAAGUCCCGAAUCUCUCUUGCGGUUGAAGGACUACCUGCCUAACCCAGACAUGAAGGAGGAAGAGGUGGUGAAGGAUGCUCCCCUUUUCAUGGAGAAAGAAGAGGCAGAGGUCCAAUCUUCUCACAGUCAGGAGAUGGAGGGACGGAACAUCCUCAAAAUACAGCAGGCUUACGACCCAAAAGAUUGUGAUGAGGAAGCUUCUACAAAUAAGGAAGAGGAGCUUCAACCUUCUCAGAAGUGGGAGAUGGAGGGACGGAACAUCCUCAAAAUCCAGCAGGCGUACGACCCCAAAGGUUGUGAAGAGGAAGAACCUUCCAGCAAGGAGGAAGUGGUCCAACGUUCUAGCAAACCGGUGGAGGACAUCCUGAAAAUCCAGGCGACCUACGACCCCAAAGAUUGUGACGAUGAAUCCUAUACGGUCAAGGACGAUGACGAAACUCCUUCUAGAAAAGAAGAGACCCCACCUCCUGGCAAAAAGGAGGCAAAGGAGUGGAAUAUACUGAAAAUCUUGCAAGCUUACACACCAAAAUUUGCUGAUGAUAGAUGGGAAGAGAUGGAGGAGGAGGCCGCACCUACUAGCCAAGAGGAGGACAAAGAGAGGAAUAUACUGAAAAUUCAACAGGCCUAUGACCCAAAAGGUUGUGAUGAGGAAGCUUCUAUGAAUAAGGAAGAGGAGGUUCAACCAUCUGACAAGUGGGAGAUGGAGGGGUGGAGCAUUCUCAAACUCCAGCAGACUUACGACCCCAAAGGCUGCGAUGAAGAAACACCUUCCAGAAAGGGGGAGGAGGAAGUGGUCCAACUUUCUGGCCAAGUAGUGGAGGACAUCCUAAAAAUCCAGGAGACCUACGACCCCAAAGGCUGCGAUGAUGAAUCCUAUACGGGCAAGGAGGAGAAGGUGUUCCGGACUUCUGGAACACAGGAAAUGGAGAAUGAUGAAGCUCCUUCUAGGAGAGAGGAGAUUCCACCCGCUGGCAAAGAGGAAGCAAAAGAAUGGAAGAUACUGAAAAUCCUGCAAGCUUACACACCAAAAUUUGCCGAUGAUAGAUGGGAAGAGAUGGAGGAUGACGUCGCACCUACUAGCCAAGAGGAGGACGGAGAGCGGAAUAUACUGAAAAUUCAACAGGCCUAUGACCCAAUAGGUUGCCUCGAGGAAGCUUCUAUGAAUAAGGAAGAGGAGGUUCAACCAUCUGACAAGUGGGAGAUGGAGGGGUGGAGCAUUCUCAAACUCCAGCAGACUUAUGACCCCAAAGGCUGCGAUGAAGAAACACCUUCCAGGAAGGGAGAGGAGGAAGUGGUCCAACAUUCUGGCAAAGUGGUGGAGGACACCCUGAAAAUCCAGGCAACCUACGACCCCAAAGGUUGCGAUGAUGAUUCCUAUACAGUUUUCCAUGAUGAAUCACCUUCCAGCAGGAAGGAGAUGGAAGUCCCACCUCCCAGACAAGAGGACAAAGAGCGGAAUAUACUGAAAAUUCAACAAGCCUAUGACCCAAAAGCUUGUGACGAGGGAGCUUCUACGAAUAAGGAAGAGGUUCAACCUUCUGGCAAACAAGAGAUGGACAGACGGAACAUCCUCAAAAUCCAGCAGGCUUACGACCCAAAAAGUUGUGAAGAGGAAGCACCAUCCAGGAAGGAGGAGGUGGUCCAAUCUUCUGGCAAGCCGGUGGAGGACAUCCUGAAAAUCCAGGCGACCUACGACCCCAAAGGCUGCGAUGAUGAAUCCUACACGGGCAAAGAGGCAAAGGUGUUCCGAACACCCGACAAUGACAAGGUGCAGAACGACAAAACUCAUUCUAGAAAAGAGGAGAAGGUCCCGCCUUCUGGCCAAGAGGAGGCAAAGGACUGGAAGAUACUGAAAAUGCUGCAAGCUUACACACCCAAGUUUUCUGAGGGUGAAUCGCCUUCUGGCAGGGAGAAAGCAGAAGUGGUGGUGGCCCCGCCUCCUCAAAGAGAGGUGAGGGAGUGGAACAUACUGAAGCUCCAACAGGCCUACGACCCAAAAGGGUGCGACGAAGACUCCUCCAUCUUCAAGGAGGAGGCCCAGCCUUCUGGCAAACCAGAAAUGGAAGGCUGGAACAUCCUCAAAAUCCAACAGGCCUAUGACCCAAAGGGUUGUGACGACGAAAGCCCCAAGGAGGAGUUCCAACAUUUCGGCCAGUGGAACCUACAGGGAUAUAACAUACUGAAGAUACAGCAAGCCUACGACCCCAAAAGCUGCCCUGACGAUGAUAAAUAAGUCAAGACUCCGAAAGAGAAGAGCUAACACGCUUCUGACCCCAAUGAAGCCGGCAAACGGGGGUGGAUUUCACUCGAAAGGCUUGCCUGCGUUUUCCAAGGGACGGGUCUGGGGCUCAGCCACUAAAAUAAGAGAGGCAAUUUGGAACUUCGUUUUGGCCAUAGAUGUGUUUUGCUUGGGCAGUCCCUCCCUCCCCUGCUGGGCCUAGGCCACACAGGACAAUGGCCAUGGCUGGCUGGUUGUGGUUUCUCCUACCUGGUGGCUUGAUUGUGAGAGUAAUUCCCUAACAAUUCUAGAAGGUGCUGAUGGGUGGGUUUUAAGUCUCUGGGGAGUAGAGGGCCAGACUGUAGGCUAGGUGGGGUGGAGGAAUUCCCUCUCACAAAAUGGAAUGGAAUUCCGUCUCAAAGGUGGG